AUGCAUCACCAUUACUCAACUCCACAACCAGAACACAUCACACCUACAACAUACCCCCAGUACAACAAACAGAACAAGAAAGCACAUCACAAGUCCCCAGCACACUUAUCAAAGCCUGAACUGAGACCUUCACCACCUCAUCAUACACCACAGACUCUUACUCCAAAUAGAGGGACAACCUCUAUACAAUCAAUGAGAAGUUUGAAGAAGGCUGCAAGGAAGAAGAAGAGUCCCUGUAGUGAUUUGAUGUUUGUGAGACAUCUCGGAGUCUCAAUUGUGGAGAACAAAGUGUCUCCCACAAAUGUUGCAGCAAUUCAUAGGAAUCUUGCUCCUACUUGGAUAUUAGGGCAGAAUGUUGACUUCUUUACAUCAUUUGUUUAUGUUGCUAACAUUGCAACAGAUAGGCAGCUUCUAUGGGAUGAUCUAAUCCACCAUGCUCACUUAUUCUCAAACUCACCAUGGUUACUAAUGGGUGAUUUUAAUGUUAUUCCAAAUAUUAGGGAAACUCAUGGUGGUUCAAUGAGAUGGAGCAAUGCAAUGACAGAUUUUAAUGACUAUUUGCAAGAAACAGAACUUGAAGACUUGAAGUUCAAUGGAAUUCUCUAUUCUUGGAGCAAUAAGAGCUUGGGAAAUGCUUGCAUUGCUAAGAAAUUAGAUCGAGCAUUGGUAAACCUUAGAUGGACUGAAACCUUUCCCUUAUCUGAAUGUACCUUUCUUCCUCCAAACAUUUCAGACCAUAGUCCAAUUCUAGUAACAUUGGAUCUUAGUACCCCAAGAAGACAUAUACCUUUUAGAUUUUUUAAUGCUUGGUCCCUGCAUCCAAACUUCCAUCCAUCAGUUUAUGCUGUUUGGACUAAAUACAUCAAAGGCACUGCUAUGUUUCAGGUGGUCCAAAAACAAAAGCUACUAAAGCAUGUGCUGAGAUCAAACUGCAAGAAGGAAUUUUCUGAGGUAGAAUCAAAGUUGCAAGCUGUGAGGCUGGAGCUGAGUGUCUACCAAAUGGAUUUAGACAACACACCUGGUGACCACAACCUUAGACAGCUGGAGAAAACACUUACCACUGAGCUCCUAAGGCUAGAUGACAUCCAUGAGGACAUCCUUAGACAAAAGUCAAGAAUGUCCUGGCUAAGACUAGGGGACUGCAAUUCAACUCAAUUGCCCAUACACUUCCACCAUUUCCUUGAUGAACCACCAUCCCACAUAGAUAUACAGAAUUGCAUGUUGAACCUUAACACAAGCAAAGCACCAGGGCUAGAUGGUUACAAUGCCCUCUUUUACCAUAAAGUCUGGGAUAUUGUUAGAAGAUCUAUCACUCUUGCCAUUGUUGAAUUCUUUAGGAAUGGGAAACUUUUGGGGGAGGUAAACAAUACUUAUAACUGCUUGGUUCCAAAAUGCCAAAACCCCACAUCUCUACAUGAUUACAGGCCAAUCUCUUGUGUAAACACCAUCUAUAAAUGCAUUGCUAAACUACUUUCAAUGAAGCUGCAACAAACAUUGCCUGUCAUCAUUGAUCCAUCCCAAUCAGCUUUCAUCCAUGGCAGAAAAAUUACACUCCUUAUACUACUCACACAUGAGCUUCUAAGGGAGUAUCACAAGUAA